AUGGGGCUGAUACAAGGACCUUCAGUUGGAUCGAAUGAGUUGAAGAUUUCUCAUUUACAAUUUGCGAAUGGCAUUAUCAUUUUUUGCGAAGCUGAAUGGGAGGAAAUUAUUAUGAUUAAACGAAUACUAAGGUGCUUUGUAGUAAUGUCAGGUUUAAAGAUUAAUUUCCACAAAAGUACUGUUUGUGGGAUUGGUGUGGAAGAGAGGAGGGUUAUGAAGUUCGCCACAAAACUCAAUUGUCUUAGUCAGAGAUUACCACUUACCUAUCUUGGUCUACCAUUAGGUGCAAAUCCAAGGAGUAGAAGUACAUGGCAAACUGUGGUGGAAAAGUGUAAGAAGAAACUAGCAUCGUGGAAGAAGAGGUUCUUGUCCUUUGAUGGUCGUUUGACCCUAAUUAGAUCGGUUUUGUCAAGCAUUCCUUUGUUCUUUCUUUCAUUAUUUAAAAUGGUAGUGGGAGUUGCCAAAACCAUUGAUAAGAUUCAGUCUAGCUUCUUGUGGGGAGAUUCUGAGACUAGUAGGAAAAUUCAUUUGGUAAAUUGGAAGGAGGUGUAUAGAGGAAAAUCCCAAAGAGGAUUAGCUGUAAGAAACCUGAUUGAUGUUAAUGUGAUGCAUGAGUUCUUUCAUACUAGAUGGGGGAUAUUGUGCUAUUUAGAGUCGGUGUUUGAACUUGUGUUGAGCGAGAAGCAAAUGACCGUUCCUAGACUUGACUGGAUACUGGUGAACCGAAGGGUGACUGCUGUAGACACUGUACUGGUGAAUCCUGCCCGACUCUCCUCCGUCUUGUACCUGGAGGGAAAGUGA